AUGGAUGAAUUAGCUUAUAUUUGUAAAAAAAAGGGUGUAACAGAACAAAAUUUCAUAGAACAAAUUCCAAAAUUUAUUUUAUACCUUGACGAAAUAAUUCAAAGAGGUCAUUUAGAUCAAGUUCAAUUAGAAAGUAUUCAAAAUUAUUCUUCUUUAAAACAUGACCAACCAAUUAAAAAAGAUAAUAAAAACGAUAAUAUGAAUGAGACAAAUGUAAAUAACAAUAACCAAUCAAAUGAAGAGGUAGAAGAAAUCAAUGAUGAAUUUAAAUUAUAUUAUGAUGGUUUACAAGAAUCAAAACAUAUGAAAUAUUAUACAAAUUCCUUUAAAUCCUAUGAAAAUAAACAACAUAAAAGGGUAUCUUCAACAUUAGUACCAUUAAAAUCAGAAGAUUUGCAAAGUAUUAGAAUUAAUACAAUACAUAUACUAGCAUGGAAAUUAAAUUUAAUGGCAGUUAGUUAUAAUUCAAAAUUUAUAUUUACAGCAGAAUCAGAUGUAAUUAAUGUUAGAAAUAUUGAUAAUCCAAAUAUAAUAAUUAAAACAUUUGCAAUGGAUACUAUGGAGAUGACAAUUAAUCAAAUUCGAUUAGGAAUAUUAGAUGGUGAAGAAGUUUUAGUAUCAGUGGAUGAAGGUGGUUUCGUUAGGAUUAUAUUUGUAAAUGAUUUUGAGAGAGAGGUAAUUCGAUUAUAUAAUCAUGGUGUAUCUACAUGGGGUAUUGCAAUAUGUCCAAGUAAACCAUUGAUAGCGGUGAGUUCAAAUAGUCACAAGAUUACAAUUUGGAAUUUAGAUGAUGAGAAUCCACAAGAAACCAAAUUCCUUCUACCAAAACAUAAACAUAAUAUACCAAGUAUUGAUUUCAGUCCAUGUGGUAAUUAUUUAGUAUCAGUUUCGAUCGAUAAAAACAUUAGAAUUUGGGAUGUAAAUAAAAGACAACUCUUAAGAAUUCAAACUUUAGCUCAAUGGUGUUGGGCUUGUAGAUGGAUUGAUUUAACAACAAAAGAGGACCAAUUAUAUCAAUAUUAUAAUAAUAGUAGUAAUAGCAGAGAUAAUAAUAAUAAUAAUAGUAAUAGUAAUAAUAAUGGUGGUGGUGGUAUAAUAAUUGAUAAAUCAUGGAGAGGUUUAACACAACAUGAAGAACAACAAUUGGUUGAGAAUAAUCAAGAAGUUGAACCAAUGCCUGAAGAAGAGGAGGAGGAAGAAGAAGAAGAAGUUAAUCAAGUUGAUAAUGAUGAUGAAAUAUUUCAAGAGAAUGAUGAUAAUGAAGAGAAUGAAGAAAAUACUGAAUUUCUUAAUGAAGCUAAUGAUGGUGUUGAUGAUGACGAUGAUCUAAUAAUUCAAAAUGGUGUUUUUACAAAUGAAGAUGAUAUAAUAUUUGAUGGUGGUUUGCCACCUAUAAACCAACAUCAGCAGCAACAACAACAAAAUCAAGAGAUUGAAGAAGAAGGUCAAGAAGGUCAAGAGGAGCAAGAAGAUGGCACUGAAAAUGAAAAUAAUCAAGGUACCAUAGCAACAACAACUACGACAACAACAACUAUAAUAAAUUCAAUAAAAAAAUUGGAAGAUGCAAUAAAUCAACAAAGAAUAGAAAAUAAUAGAAUCAAUUCCAAAGUUCCACUUGAUAAAAAUAAAUUACCAAGUAAUGUGGUGUUUUCAACCUACCAAAACCUAUAUCUUAGUGAUGUUGAAAUGGAUUUAUUAUUAACAAUGAAUAAUGCCAUACCAACAAGUUUUCCAAUUAUACAAACUCAAAUUGAUAGAAUAGCAUUCCUUGAAGUUGUUCCAGAAUUAUCUUUAGUUAUUGCUGCAUCUCAAGGUCCUGCUCGUUUAAUUUCACUAUAUCGUAUUGUUAAACAAAUACCAUUAAAUAAUAAUAUUAAUAAUAAUGAAAAUAAUAAUAAUGAAAAUAAUGAUAAUAAUUUAAAUGAACCAGAAACAAAUAUGUUUUUAGAAUCAGUUUUAUCACCACCAUCAGGUGGACCAGGAUUAAUAGUUGGUUUAUCAGUUGUAAAGAAUUAUGUUAAAAAUAAUCCAUUAGCAUUUAGUAUUAAUCUUUAUGUUAUGUAUAUUAAUGGUAUAUUUAUAAAUUUUCAUAUUAAACGAUCAACCAUUCGAAAUAAACCAAUCCAUCAAAAUAGUACUUUCUUUGAUCCAAUAAAUAAAUGUAAUAUUUUUGGUUUAGAUAUUACUUCAUUUGGAGUUUAA